GUUGACUAUAGAACAUGGUCACCAAAAGCAUCGGUGCCAAUUCCCGAGGUAGAGGCUGUGCCAAACUAUAACCGUGGUGGAUACACUUAUGUGGACUUCAACAUAGAUGAAUAUGGACUCUUCAUUGCCUAUAUCCAGAAAGACUGGACAUGGAAAGACAUGCCAAACACAUGCAUAAAUGCUGAAACCUUAACAGCUACAUCAGCAUCAACUCUGGAGGAAUGUAAACAGAAAUGUGUGAAUGAGGGAGGAUUUAGGUGUAUGUCCCUUGACUGGAGUCUCCACCUCAAGCAAUGUAAUCUCAAACUGCGUUAUUCUGGGAAUCAUCCUCUUACCUCGCCAUGCACAUAUAGAUGGCACAAGUACUAUUGGCGUACAGGACAAUGGCAUCACUCUGAACGAAAAUUUGCAGAUCCAAAAAGAGCAUCCUACAUCCAAAUUAAACAACUCAACCCGAUUGAUCU